AUGCCUUUGAUCAUGGAAGAGGGGCUAGAUGUGGACGAUCUCUUCGGAGACCCCAAUACCCUGGACCUGGGACUGUCAGCCGCCCAACCUACAAAGGGAUUGGCUCAGCGUCUUGAUGAGAUGCGUCUGUUGGGAUGCUGCCGGAAAAUCGCUUGGUCAAGGUUGGGAUGUAUUGCAUACAUCUCCCAGGAUGGCCUUCAAGUGAUCGUCCGCCAUCUCGCAUGUAAUCCUAUCGAUGGGAAAUGGGCAUUGACUGAAGAGUACUCGCAAAGUCAGAUUCCUCAACUUCACCUUGGUCAACAGCUGCUUCAUCUUUGCUGGAACGAGACAGGCUCUGACCUAGCUGUGCUUGAUGCCUCGGGACGCAUAUCAAUUUUAUCGAUAUCAGCGGCUUUGAAUAGUCUUGGUAUUAGCCGCCAAACCGUGGUCGAUCCUCCUGACGAUGGUUCUCAAGUCGUUGGUAUGAUGUGGAUGAACUCGAAUCGCGCCGUGCAUGCUUUUCAUCAAGCUGCAAAACUAAAUGGAAGAUGGAACUAUUCACCCUACCGACGUAAGCCCAUCGGGCCAUUCCAUCCGGCUGGCAAGCCGGCGCUUAUCUGCUUCACUAGAAAUGGAAUCAUGAGGUUGCUAUAUCAGAAUCCUGACCAGAGAUGGGCAGAGGUUUCUGCUGAAUUAAAGACGACUAAUCAAUCCGACCGUAUCCUUACCCAUGCAGCAUGUCUACCUUCACCAAAAAAGCUCAGUCUUUACAGAGUACAAAUUAUGUGGAAUCCAUCCAAUUGGGAUCAGACACAGCAGAGGCAGGCCUCUGGAGUUAUGCCCUUCCCGGUGCCUUCUAUCCGCAUCAGUCACUGCAAGACUGAACUUCCCGGAAGAGUCUUCAGCUUCAAUAAAGAUCAGUCCGAUGAUUUGCAGAAUCUAGCUCCUAAUCAGAGCUUUUUGUACCAGCUCACGAAUUUAGAUCUCGUUUCAGGGCAAUUUGAUAACACCGGGGCAACGACAUCACCUCCAUGGAUAUUGGCAGUGUACUCGAGCCCGUUUAACAGCGCAGGCCACGAUCCUCAACAACAAGAGCCACCUGCGUCGGUCCUGGUGAGGUGGCAGCUGGAGACUUCUACAUUAAAUCUGCACCCAGUCUUUGAAGAAUCAUUAUCAAAAAAGACCAACGGACAACAGAGGACCAAACUAGAGAUUCGGAGGAUGGAAGACAUUCACUUUGAUAAGCACGUAGUCUCCAUCGACCAAAUCGAGUUCGGAUGCGUCCUAGCGAUAACACACGAUGACAGCUCAGUCUCAUUUUUUGACCCUAAAAGCAUGUCUCAAUUUGCUGAAGGUGGCGAUAACAAUACAGUGACGAGCCUGGCUCAAGCUGGUUUCCGAUUUCCUUCUGAUACUCCAGGCUUGAAUAUUUGUUUCUCGCCCAAUAGCUGUCUUGCGGUGGUUCUUGAUGCGGAUUGGCAAGCCCAGCUAAGAAUAGCUGGCUAUAACUUUGAGCCUGACGGUGAUCUACAUGAAGGUAAAAACUCAAAUGGAAUCAUAGCGCUAGCCCUUACCUUCUCUCGUGGAUGCGCCAUUGAAUAUAACACGGACGACCUGAUAAUGACAAUAUCUCGUCAUUUAUCUACCGAUGCACAAAAUGUUUUCGUCAAUGAAGUGUAUCGAGCUUUACCCAUCAAUUGCAAUUUUUCAAUGGAACAGGAUAAGCCCAUGCAGCAUCCAUAUGUCCCUCGCUGUUUGAGCCUUCAAGCUGCUCUCGGUUUUCAGAACUUUCAGACGCCUCGUGGCCUGCCUUACUCCGUGCCUUGGGCCAUCCUUCAUCUACGCCAUGCAUCCUUACUCUUUGCCUUCUUCUUUCAAUAUAGCAAACAGCCGAAGGAGAAUGAGUCAUUGGAUCAUGAUGUUCUACAAAUGGUAUACGGUAAUACAAAGUGGGCUUUGGAUUUCACCCAAUAUCUCUUAGACGACUUGUUCGCCCUUGCCAGAGAGUUUGAGCCCGUUCUUGAUGACCAGGAAGCGCUUGCUCAGAAGGGUGAGGGUCUACGAGGCGUACACACGAGUAGCAUGGCGUCCCCGUUCGCCGGGGAUGGCCGUGGAUAUAGUAAAGAGCUCUACACACUCAUUGACAGUGCACCCUUUCGGUUCAAUGUAUACGAGAAGUUUCUCAGCAGUGUCGAAUCCGCCAUCAAAAACGCCUACCAAAGAGCAGGAUUUGGAGACGACGAGCGCCGAACGCCAGAGAAGGAUCUUCUGCUCAACUCGCGCAUCCCUGCAGUAAUGAUCCCCGUUCUUGUCAGUCUGUUCAAACAGAUCAUUCCCGCAAUACAGACGGAGAUUGACCAGAUGUCUAUAUAUCUCACCGACUAUAGUUGGUUGGGAUUUUGCAGCGACCGCCGAACUGAGCACUUCCGGCAAACGCGAGCGGUCGAUGUUGUGAAAAAGGUUCCAUUGCGAGGAUUCAAUCUGAGCAACAACAACAUCGAGCCGAACAUGUCAUCAGAGAUUACGAGCAAUGGAAAAAAAGCAGGCUCGUCUUCGCGAAGGCGCUGUGUGCGUUGCUGUGAGACUACGGGCGAUCCUUCGUCGCCGCGCUCUAUAUUAUAUUUCCAGUUGACAUUGCGUUUGCAACUCAUUCGGAGUUGUCUUUGCGGUGGAAUGUGGACGUUUGAAAAUGGACCGCCUACUACAGCUGCGACGCAUAAACAAGUUGGUUGA